GCACCGGCCGCGCCGGCGGCGGCGGCGCCCGCCGCCGCGCCCGCCGCCGCGCCCGCGGGGGACAAGAAGGACGGGGGCGCCAGCCGCGCCCGCGCCUGCGGCAAAGGCCGACGCGGCUGCGCCAGCCGCAGAGAAGAAGGAGGCCGAGACUGCUGCCAAGCCGAAGGAGGCGUCUGCCGAGGUGGACCUGAAGCAGAAGAUGCUCGACCGUGCAAAGCGCUUUGGUACCACCAGUGCAGAGAGCGAGGAAUGCAAGAAGGUUGACCGCGCCAAGCGCUUUGGGCUCGCAGUGCCGGAAAUGGACGUGCUUAAGAAGUCGGAGCGCGCGAAGCGCUUCGGUACCGCCGCUCCGAGCGCUGCGAAGGGUGACGACGCGGCCAAGCUAGCCGAUCGGGCAAAGCGCUUCGGGAUGCCCACUGGCGGCGUUAGCACCUCCUGUGCCGAUGAGGAGAAGAAGAAGGAGCGCGCGAAGCGCUUUGCAGCCUCGCAGGCGGCAGCGACAGCGACGGCUUCUACUCCAGAAGAGGCGCUGAAGAAGAAGCAGCGGCUUGAGCGCUUCGGCAACGCGGUGGGCUCCGAGGAGGACAAAAAGAAGCUGAGGUCGGAACGCUUCGCCAGCGCCAAAGCCUGA